UGGGUUUCGCCCGUCACACACCACAGUACUCAGUCGUAGCCUUAGCUUAUAACCCAGCCUUAGACUCGGCGUUUUCGGUAUACACCUACCGUGUAUGAUGAACGCGUACCUUCCAACAUGUAGAAUGUACAUGGAUCUGAGGCGUAUCGGUCGUCGGUUUUGCGAUUCUCUUCAGGGAAACGUCUGUGUAGCAAGUGGAAGUGAUUUCAAAUAAUGCAAUUUACUGAGUGGAGGUCACUGUAUCACCUUGACUCAUAGCAUGGCAUCAGAUGUACAUGUUCACCCAUCACAGGCUGGUGCAACUACGGAAGCAGAAGCUCAACUCAUCGUGCGCCGGCACCCUGCCUCUGCAGCCAAGAAGCAACUCCCUCGGGUGCCCACAGAGGAGGAGGCAGCAGAGGCUGCAGGGCCCAGUAGACCGGCCUCAGGGAUCGAAAGGUCGGGGUCAUUGUCAUCAUCAUCAGCAGAACGGGCGAGUUCGGCCACCAGCCCCAGCAAUGGCACCACGGCCGCCUACGGGCAGUUCUAUCUUGAGUAUGCACUGAUGGCUGAAUACAAUCAGCUUCACAAACAGAAGUUACCUGGGGUUUAUGUCAUACCCUCUGCUAAAUCACCCCUCCAUUGGUUUGGAGUGUUGUUCAUCAGACAGGGGCUCUAUCAAGAAGGUAUCUUCAAGUUUGACUUGCUCAUCCCAGAAAAUUAUCCUGAUGGAGACAGUCCAAGGUUAAUAUUUCGGCCGUCCAUCUUUCAUCCCAUCAUUGACCCGGUCAGUGGAGAGCUAGAUGUUCAAAGGGCGUUCACGAAGUGGAAGAGGAACGUGAACCACAUCUGGCAAGUGCUGCUGUAUGCAAGGAGAGUGUUCUACAAGAUUGAUACCAAGGCCCCGCUCAACCCCGAGGCAGCAGUCUUGUAUGAGGAGGACCUAGACCUGUUCAAAUCCAAGGUCAACGAAACGGUCGAGAUGUGCAAGAGCCGUAAAUACGACCCACCAUACUCGGAAGACCCCCAUGCCAUUCACUUCAGUGAGUGGGAUGACGAAAAACAUGGAACAGCAAAGACAGCAAUAAUGACGCCCAAACCACCGAAGACAACUGGGGAAAGCGGAGGUCACAAAAAUGCACAAACGUCAGGUCUGUCAUGGGUCAAACCAGGUACACUGCAAGUAUUCAGUAAAGACUGACAAGGGUGCCUUUACUCCAGCAAAAUAUUAAAAAUUACUUGACAAUCUUGAUGAGUGGUGUGAGCAAAAUGCUAUGCAUCUAAGCUCCUCUAUGUGGCCCAUUUCCAGUACAAUCUAGAACCUGUGGCAGCUGUAUGGCUGUAUAGAAUAAUUACAUAUGCCCAAGAAAUAUUGGGAGGUUCAUAUUGUAUGAGUGAACCAAACUCACUUGAAUUUGGCCCAGCCCAACACCAGAGACAAAUUUCAUGGAGCCACCGAGCACAGGAUUGAGCUAGGCAGGGGAAUGCAACUUGCUUAGCAAGUAUUGGUUGCCUGGUAAAAUGUCAUCCAGUGUGCACUACACCUGACCGCAAUCUGCUUACUUUUGUACUUUUAGAAAUAACUUUGCUUGGGAACUUUUUCUGCAUGCUCAGGUCCAUGCAAUAAGGCCCUGGGUUUGCAUUCCUUUGCACUGGGCUGGAUGCAUUGCCUCAUUUUGGUGAAAUAAAUGCCAUCAGGUUACUGCAGAUAGUCAGCGGUUUAUUAACUCGGAGCGGUUCCUAAAAAAAAAAAUGUUGUGCGUGAAUUCGGAGUGGAGGCCAGCUGGCUUGUAUCAAUGUAGAAUCCCGUAAGGAUAAAAUCAGAUAGAGGUAAACUUACUCAAUGAAAACUGUGCAUUUCAGGGAGCCAUUAUUUUUGAGUAAUCAUGCUUGAAGUUCAGUAAUUUUUUGCGGGAGGAGAUCAUUUUGAUCGUUUUGAGUUAUGUAUGGUUAUGUGAAAUACACUUAUGAGAAAGAGAAUUCACCAAUAACGUUGAAAGAGUAUAGCAGUGUUUAUAUUAUUGUGGUCUGUGAAGGUAGUGGUUGAAUGUUGGCACAGAAAUUAAAUAUUUUUCACACUGAGUUGUAAGUCACAUCUAAUGUCUAUGUUAAGUUUUUAAAAAUUCAUUGAUUGUUGAAAAAAUACCGAUUAUGAACUGUACAUAGGAGAUAUACAUACUUAAUUUAAUGUGCUCAACUAUAUAAUUUUUGUACAUAGAAAAUAACACCGAGAAACAAUGAACUAAUAUUUAAUUAAUGGUAGAUGUAACCUUCAUUUGAAAUAUUUAUGUCUUGCCACAGCGCAGGUCAGUUUGUGUUCUAAAUGGCAACCAAUGGCAACUAUGUGAGUAGAUCUUUGUAUUCUUCGUUACAAGUCACAAAUACCUAGUAUGAAAUACUUUUUGAACAAUUAGUUCUCUCAUCUGCCAAAGGUGAUUACUUUACGUUUUGAUAGUCACAUGGUGAAGGACUGUGGAAUCCAAUUGCUAUUAAGGAACAUUUUAGUAAAUGUCUUAAAACUCCUUUUUCCGUGAACAUUGCCAAAUGGAAGUGGAUUCUGAAAAAACCAACAAACCAAGAGAAUUUGAUUAAGAGAAACAAGAUGUGUACAGUUUGGUGAAAAAUGAUAUGUGUGGGGAGGAUCAAAGGGUUAGGCUUUCCAAAAUGUCGCUGUUUUCUCAUUUGUGACUGGCAGGUACUGUUUGUUCAUGUUUUUUUAAGUACAUGUAGUUAGUACCUAUGAGUUUGUUUUAAAGUCCCUGUACUUACAUGAGGUGCUGGAUAAAAUCCAUCCAGUAAUUUGAUGGUAACGACAGCUUAAUUCUUGGCUUCCAGGUUUUCUGAUUGAAGCUGAGGCAGUGAUAUAGUUCGCACAAUGAAAACAAGACAUUUCAAAUAAAUUAAAUCGUUAUUUUUUUUUUUUUUUUGGAGCUAGUUUAACACAACAUGUAGAACAUUAGAUAGAGUAAACAUUUCGAUCCGGAGAUCUUCAUCAGGACUGACUAGAAUAGUAGAUGGCCAGGCAUAAAUACUGAAACACUCAAGCAACGGAAAAAAACAACAGCAUUUCAAUUGAAUUGACAUGAAUCUUUCAGUGUUUGAUGAAGAACCAUUAGUACGGUAUACCUUUUUGUUCAAUGUUUUGACGGUAGCAUUCUGUAGCAUUUAAUAGUUGAGUAAAUGUAUACUUGAAUUCAUACCAAAGUGUUCUUUGCACUUUUGGGCCUGUCAUUUCAGAUGGCAGAUAAUGGUAACACUGACUUGAGUUUCUUUCAAAAGAUAUUUUACAGUCAUUCAACAGACUUUAAGCACAGUCUCCUCAAAUGUGACUGGAUCCUACAAAUGAGUCCAAAGAACAUUCCUCCACUUUGAUUUCCAUAUGGAUUAAAAAGCACCUGUUUCAUUUUACAUAUUAGUCAGGCCAAACAGGGAUUUGUAUGUUUCCCUCUAACCAUGGUUGAAUGUUUCAGGGAAUUCAGGUUUUAAAGGAAGGUGAUGGUGUUUGGUGAGUGUUGCAUUGGCAAGUAGUGUAAAUGAGGCUGGUCAGUGCAUCACCAACACAGACAAAAUCUUUCAAAGGUACAUGUAAAAUCUUGGGGUGCUCAAACUAUUUCAGGUGUUGCACCACAUUGAUGAGAUAGCAGGGACACCACCAUGCAACAAGCAUAACACUUCUGAAAUAAUUCCCUUGUAUCUACACAGGAUAGAGACAGAUAUUUUCAAAGACAAACUUUAGACAAUUUCUGUUCAACACAGGAAACAAUUUUCCACAUGUAAUUUUUUGUUUGCAGUAGUCAGUGGAUAGGACUGCAGAUCAUAAAGGAUUUGUUGAAGACAUGAUUUGCUAUUUAUCCACAGACAUUCAAGUCUAGUGGUUUCAAAGAUAGAAAAAUAUACAUACAGUGUACAUGUAUUCCUUUGUUUAAUGCACAAUGUGGAAAAGGAGCCAAUGUAGCACCCCUCACGGUAUCUGCUUGAUAGCGUAGGGUUGAUGAAUUGAGCUGGCUUGGCCAAUAGGUUUUUGUGACUUUGUUGUGGUAAUCAUUAUCAAGGCACCGGCACAAACUUUGCUGCAUUUAUUACCACAGGGCUUCAAUUUGCUUCCCCUCGGGAAUUGGCAAAGAAGCAUCAGGCUAAAAGAGUUUUGUCUUUGAAAACCUAGCUUCCUCGCAUACGUGGCAUUGAUUGACAGAAUUGUGUUGGAUAAAUGAAAAAAAUUAAUACCCAAAUGUUCAUUGUAUUUUUAGAUCAAGGAACCUCAAAGAGGUGGAAAGUUUCUAUUGCAGAUGCAGAUGAAGUGCCUAAAAUAAAUUAAUAUUUUCACUAAGGAAAUGUGUGUCAUUCCGUGUACUUUUUUUCUAGCUUGUAACAAGUAUUGUAGAUUUUCUUUAGCGCAACUUUUGUAUGUUUAAGUGAAUAGAAGACUGUGAUUUGUGUGUGCAAUUUGUAAUAAAAGUUAAACUGGCCCUUUGUCCAAUC